UUUCGUGCUUUCUUUUGGUGGCAUAUUCUUUAAAGCUGAACACUUUUGUACUUUUUUGACUAAAGAGGAGUGCGGUAACACUGCAGCUCAUUCUUUGAAUCCGAUUCCUUGACACGCCACGGACGGCUGUAACAUUCUAGACAAAAGUCGACAACGCCACUGUUUAACGUUAACAAUGUUCUCGUCAUUCUUUCAAACCGCUGCUAACUCGCCCUUCCGUUCCCCCUUCACGCGCGUGCAAUGCGCCGAUGGCGGCAACGCAACGACGGCGCCAGCAGCUGUGCCAGCCAUUAGCAAUGAUCCUCAGCCCGUAGUGGGACGCGAGAUUGCCGCGGCUGCGUCGGCGUCGACUGACUCCUGCGAGUUUGGCAGCAACAAAUACUUCGCUCUGUGCGGUAUUGGUGGUAUUCUCAGCUGUGGUACAACUCACACCUUUGUGGUGCCAUUGGAUUUGGUCAAGUGCCGUCUGCAGGUGGACCCAGCCAAGUACAAGAAUCUGUUCCAUGGCUUCAAGGUCACCGUUGCCGAGGAGGGAGCUCGUGGUCUGGCUAAGGGCUGGUUCCCAACACUCAUCGGUUAUUCGGCUCAGGGUCUGUGCAAGUUCGGUCUGUACGAGGUGUUCAAAGUAAAGUAUGCCGAUAUCAUUGGCGAGGAGAACUCGUAUCUGUAUCGCACCUACUUGUAUCUUGCUGCUUCCGCUUCCGCUGAGGUCUUUGCCGAUAUUGCGCUAUCUCCCUUCGAGGCCGCCAAGGUUAAGAUUCAGACAGUGCCCGGCUAUGCUAACACUUUCCGUGAGGCUGUGCCAAAGAUGCUGAAGGAGGAGGGCGUCGCUGCCUUCUACAAGGGUCUGGUGCCAUUGUGGAUGCGUCAAAUUCCUUACACCAUGAUGAAGUUCGCUUGCUUCGAGCGUACCGUCGAGCUGCUCUACAAGUAUGUGGUGCCCAAGCCACGUGCUGAUUGCAGCAAGGGUGAACAGCUGGUGGUGACCUUCGCCGCUGGUUACAUUGCCGGUGUCUUCUGCGCCGUUGUCUCGCAUCCCGCUGAUGUGGUUGUCUCCAAGCUGAACCAGACUAAGGGCGCCACCGCUGGCGGCAUUGUGAAGAGCCUGGGCUUCAUGGGCAUGUGGAACGGUUUGACGCCACGUAUCAUUAUGAUUGGUACACUCACUGCCCUGCAAUGGUUCAUCUAUGAUGGUGUUAAGGUCGCUCUGGGCAUUCCCCGCCCACCACCACCAGAGAAGCCUGCCAGCCUGAUUGCUAAGGAGAAGGCUCACUAAACAUCAAAAACAAAAGAUACCUAUGCAAAAUAAUAUCGAUAUUUAGUCUAAAUCAUACAAACAAAAUAUUCAAGAGAUGGACAAGAACCGGAACGAGACAAGAACAGAAAAACAAAAACAAUAGCUGAAAGGCGAGCUGGCGAAGCAACAUACUACAAUUCAUACUACAUCCUUUUUCACUAUGUUUUUAUCGCUUUAUGUAAAAGCGGCAUUUCGCAUUUCGACGGCCUUUUGACCAUUCCAAGACAACUUUGAGCAUUUUUACAGAACUUUCUUUGCAAUCUGCAAUCUACAUUCUUACAAAAGUACAUUUCUUAGCUUUACUCAACUUUUAAGUAUUUAGAGAUCUACAAAUUCUAUGUAUAUUAUGAGUUAACAUGUGUAUUGUAUAUGUGCCCCCCACUCCCAUAUAUAUGAUUACAUAUGUAUCUUAGUUUAUACUGAACUAUGUAUGUUGGUUCUCCGAUAACUCGAAAGAACAAUUGUUGAACUGUAGGCAAGAAAAUAUGAUAUUAUGCAAUAGAUAUGAUACGCUAUUUAAAUGCCAUUAGAAAAAAAAGAAAACAGAAAUAAUCCCGCAUCCUCUGAAUAAAUUAAAUUAUAAAAUAAAACACUAAA